UGCUGUCUGUACGAGCAUGGUCCACGUGCGCUUUUAACCUAGAAUAUAAAACGAAUAUUCAAGUGUUAAACAACCAGUUACAUGUUCUUUCAAAAACAGAUUAUCGAGUGAAUGUUACAUUAUGAAAAUAUCAAUCAUAAACCGCUGUUUCAAAGUAAAUACUCUUCAUUUCACAUAAGAGAAAACAAAUAAUAAUUUUAUACCUAAAGAUAGGAAUUACCCGGGAAGCCUGUUUCUCUCCACCACUUUCCUGAAUAAAUAGAAAAUGGGUUUAACAAAGCAAUAUCUAAGAUAUGUACCUGCUGGCAAUUUAAAUAUAAUUGCCAGUCCUUCUUGUAAUAUUAUAUUUGUAAUAUUACAAGGACAAGAAGGCAGAUUUGUAGCAGUUGGUGCAUGUGAACAUGUUUUUAUAUGGGACUUACGUCUGGGAGAAAAGGCUCAAGUAUUGUCAGGAGAUAAAGUAAAUGUAUCAUGUUUGGCUGCAUCUCCUAAUCAACGACAUAUAGCAGUUGGUUAUGUAGAUGGUACUGUUAAAACUUUUGACUUAAGGUCUGGUGAAAAUAUAAGCAUAUUUGUGGGUCAUAGAUCUGAAAUUACUACAAUGACUUACGAUAAACAAGGACAUAAAUUAGCUUCUGGUUCAAAAGAUACAGACAUUAUAAUUUGGGAUAUAGUAGCAGAAACUGGAAUAUGUCGAUUAAGUGGCCAUAAAGGUGUAAUAACUAAACUGGCAUUUAUGAAGGAUCACAAUAUUAUUAUCAGUGCUAGUAAAGACACGUUUAUAAAAUUUUGGGAUUUAGAUACAGAACAUUGUUUCAGAACCCUUGUUGGUCACAGAACAGAAGUUUGGGGUCUUGCUUUAGCUAAAAAUGAUCAAUAUUUAAUAACUGGUUGCAAUGAUAAUGAAUUACAUGUGUGGAAAGUAUCUUUCAUUGAUGGUGAAAGUACAGAUUUUGAAGUUAAUUUACAAGAUCUAAAUAUUGCAGACCAAACUGAAGUCAGCGACAUGAAAUAUCCUUUAAGAUGUGAGAAAACUGGGAGUAUAUUGAGAAGCAGUCGUGGACGAGUUGUAUCCCUUGAAGUCGAUACAACACAUACUGUUAUAGGAUGUCAUGGUGUAGAUAAUACUAUAGAACUAUUUCAAUUUUUGCCUGAUACUAAAAUAAAAGAGAAUGUGAUGAAACGAUUACGGAAAGAAAGAAAAAAAGCAGAAAAACAUGGGAGCUCCGUAGAACCAAAUUUUUCAGGUGUACCAACAAUAAAGGAUGAAAUGAUUCGUUUACCUGUUAUCAAAGUAUCUGCUAAGGCCAAAGGACUAAACAUGGUAAUGGGUAGAGAAGGCGAACUCAGAAUAUGUGUUGGGUUAAAUAAUAAUUCCAUUGACUUAUAUUCCUUGUUCACUCAGGAUAAAGAUGCUGAAGUGAAACAUUUGAGGUCAAUAAUAAAUCACGGUCAUCGAACGGAAGUUCGUGCAGUUUGUUUUAGUUCUGAUAAUUUGGCUUUUGCAACAGCAAGUGGAGAUUCUGUAAAAUUAUGGAAUAGACCAACACUAGCUUGUUUACGUACUGUACCAUGUGGUUAUGCUUUAACAGCAACAUUUGUACCAGGUGAUAGGCAUUUAAUAGUAGGUUUAAAAGAUGGUAAAAUGUUGAUUAUUGACAUUGCAUCAGGUGACAUAUUAGAAGAAGUACCAGCACAUUCCAAGGAACUUUGGAGUGUUACGCUAUUUCCUGAUAAGAAAGGAGUAGCAAGUGGUGGUGGUGAUCAAACAGUCAAAUUUUGGAAUUUUGAACUUAUUCAAGAUCCUGACAGAGAGAUAAAGGCAAAAGUUUUGUCUGUUUUACAUCUGAGAACUUUAAAACUGGAGGAUAGUGUAUUAUGUGUCAGGAUAAGUCCUAAUAACAGAUUUGUUGCAGUUGCACUGCUAGAUUCUACUGUAAAAAUUUUUUUCCUUGACACGUUUAAGUUUUUCAUUUCGCUUUAUGGGCACAAAUUACCAGUUUUAUGUAUGGAUGUAUCCAGUGACUCGACGCUCAUCGCUACUGGCUCUGCCGAUCGAAAUAUCAAAAUUUGGGGUUUAGAUUUUGGAGAUUGUCACAAAUCGAUAUUUGCACACGAUGACUCUGUAACGGGUCUUUCAUUUGUUCCUGGUACUCACUACGUGUUUACUUGUGGAAAAGAUGGAAAAGUAAAAGAAUGGGAUGUUGAUAUUUUCCAAAAAAUUGUAACAUUGCAAGGACAUUCAGGAGAAGCAUGGAAUUGUACUGUUUCACCAAAUGGUAUUUAUGUUGUAUCCUGUGGGUCUGAUAAAGUAAUUAGAUUAUAUGAACGAACCACAGAGCCUCUAGUUCUACAAGAUGAAGAAGAAGAAGAGAGGGAACGUCAAGAAAAUGAGUUAGUUACUGGUGAAACUACUGCUGUCCCUGGACAAAAGCCACAAUCUUUACCCUCAAGAAAAACUGUAUCCAGCGAAAGAGGAGCUGAAUUAUUACUAGAAUGUUUGGAUGUAUCUAAAGCAUUUAACGAAGAAUUGUCAAAAGUAGCUUCAUUAAAUACAACGCCUGCUGUUCCUUUGCAAAUGCAAGCUUACAAUUGUACAACUGUAGAAGAUUAUCUGUUAGAAACAGUUAAACGAAUCAGAGCAAGCGAUUUGGAAGAAACAUUAUUAUUGUUACCAUAUUCAGCUGCCUGUGAAAUUCUUCAAAUGCUUCCUAAACUAUUAGAAUCAGAUUAUCACACGGAGUUAAUGGCUAGAUUAGCAUUAUGUUUAGUACAAGCUCACCAUGGUCCAAUUAUGGCAACUCGAGAACUUUUACCUAUUUUAGAAACUGUUAAAACUCUUGCCAUGAAAAAAGUUUCAAACUUGAGAGAUACAGUUGGAUUCAAUUUACACGGAAUGUUACAUAUGCAACGUGUCAUUGAAGAAAAGGAAGGGAUUCAACUUUUCACAGAUGCAACUAAAAGCAGCAAACAUAAAAAUAGAGCUAGAAGAAAUAAAGAAAAAGCAGUGAAAAGAGCUAUCUUGUCUUUAUAAACCUUUUACUU